GGCGCGGUCCUGACCUGCGACCUGACCAGCGGGGACCAUGGGGUGCUGCCCAGGGGACUGCCUCGCCUGCUGCACGCAAGAACAAGACUGCUGUGAGGUGUGCUGCUGCCAGCCCUCCUGCUGCGGCUGCUGCGGCAACUGCUGCGGCUGCGGCGGCGGCGGCGGCGGCUGCGGCGGCGGCUGCUGCGGAUCAGGCUGCGGGGGCUGCGGGGACUGCGGGGGCUGCGGCGGCUGCGGCGGCUGCGGGAGCUGCUGCGGCUCCAGCUGCUGCGGCUCGUCGGGCUGCUGCGGGCCCGUGUGCUGCCAGCCCACGCCCAUCUGCGAGACGAAAUGAAGACCGUUCCGCCCUCUCCGCGGAGGCGGUGCAGGGAGAGCCUCCGUCUGCCCCAGGCGGAGACCGCGGGCCCCCAGGCCGAGACCGCGGGCCCCCAGGCCCUUCCGCGUGCCCGAGACAGUGGCCUGCCUCCUGUGUCUUUUGUAGAAGAUUUAGUCUUUAAAGCCGGCCCGGGGCUUUCAAGGCACUGAGAACAAGAGCCACAUGCUGGUGAGAAGUGACAGCUGGGUCCCACCGCACCCAAAAGUGGUACCCGAAGCUCAAAGGGUGAAUCCUCAUGGCUUGUUUCCCCACCAUGAUGUUAAAAGGACACCUUCUUAUUUAAAGUGACUUUCUGCUUUCCUGAGAUGCAAACAUUCCUCUUUGUUAACUUAAUAAAUUCAAGCGUGCUGGCAUAA